AUGGCUCCAGGUAAGAAAGUUGCUCCAGCUCCAUUCGGUGCUAAGACCACCAAGGCUGCUAAGGCUAAGAACCCAUUAACCAAUGCUACUCCAAAGAACUUUGGUAUUGGUCAAAGCAUCCAACCAACCAGAAACUUAUCCAGAUACGUUAAGUGGCCAGAAUAUGUCAGAUUACAAAGACAAAAGAAGAUCUUAUCUAUGAGAUUAAAGGUUCCACCAGCUAUUGCUCAAUUCCAAUACACUUUAGACAGAAACUCUGCUGCUGAAGCUUUCAAGUUAUUCAACAAAUACAGACCAGAAACUGCUGCUGAAAAGAAGGAAAGAUUAACCAAGGAAGCUGCUGCUAUUGCUGAAGGUAAGACCAGACAAGAAGCUUCUCCAAAGCCAUUUGUUGUCAAGUACGGUUUAAACCAUGUUGUUUCAUUAGUUGAAAACAAGAAGGCUAAGUUAGUUUUAAUUGCUAACGAUGUCGACCCAAUUGAAUUGGUUGUUUUCUUACCAGCUUUAUGUAAGAAGAUGGGUGUUCCAUACGCCAUUGUCAAGGGUAAGGCUAGAUUAGGUACUUUAGUCAACCAAAAGACCUCUGCUGUUGCUGCUUUAACUGAAGUCAGACCAGAAGACGAAGCUGAAUUGGCCAAGUUGAUCUCCACUGUUAACGCCAACUUUGCUGACAAAUACGAUGAAGUCAAGAAGCACUGGGGUGGUGGUAUCAUGGGUAACAAGGCUCAAGCUAAGAUGGCCAAGAGAGCUAAGGCUGCUGGUGCUGCUUGA